GGUUUCGUACGGCAGUUGUGUUCGCGACACAUAACGGUCCGUAUGUGGUGUAUCUGUUUCCCUUCUUGCGGGACAAAUCAAACUUGAUUUUACUAGUUAAACAAGAAGAAAACUUUAACUACCAUUACCACUACCACUACUAUUACCACUACCACUAGCAUUAUCAUUACCAUUACCAUUACCACCAUCACUAUCACCAACCACUCUGAUACAACGUGAAGAACGAACGAACGAAGAAGAAGAAGAAAAAAAUAGGAGAAGGAGGAGGAAGGGAAGAAGACUGGCGCAGGGCCAAGGAGGAUUUCCCAACGAUAUAAAGAUCACCGAUCGUGCGGUAUUCUUAACUACUUCUUCUUCGUGCAUCGUCGUAUCAAGUGCAGUGUCUCAUUGUCAGUGCAUCAUUUCUUUCUCUGUCUCUGUCCUUGAACUGACAAGAAGAAGUGUGUUGAAAAAUCAAUCAAAUUAAUAUUUCGAGAAGACAUCCGUGAAGAAGAUAAAGGAAAAACGAGAAAUAUUAAGAAACAGAGUUUACUACUCUUCGUAUAAAAUCAUGACUCGGCAGGCAAAUUUCUCGAGACGAUUAGUGCUGAUCGUAGCGUUGUUAAUUGCAUGCCUGACUAUCGUCCAAUCGACGAAGGCAAAUGAAGAAAAAAAAGAAAAAGAAGAAGAAAAUAAGGAUGUUUUUGGUCGUAGAGAAAGAAGACACCUAGGUGGUGUCGUUAAAGUUUUGUCCGAUCGAGAACAAUUGAUUAAUAAUACACUGGACGUACGAGUGUUCAACAACAACAACAACAACAAGUCACCGAGUAGUAAAAGUAAUGAGAUAAGCUCGGAAAGCGGAAGGAAAGUGUCUCAUAGACUGAUGGGAGGUCAUUUGCGAGAUGACAGGGGGAAAAAAAGGAAAGAUGAGAAAUUAUUGGCAGAGGAUAUGUUAGGAUCCUCGGCUGGUAACGGAAAGGAAACGAAAAAUUCGCGUGGCGAUGACGAGGACGAAAAGAAGACGUUGUCUCAACAGGUCAAGGAGGGCAAGUACGGUCUGAUACAAAAUGAAAUUUACGACGAUGAUAAACCGAGGCGACCGCCGGGUAUAAUAAGUUAUCUCGAUAAUCCCGAAGUUCCGAAGGACACAAUCGAAAAUCUCGGUGGUCUUGACGAGGACGAAAUUUGGUUUGCGGAAAAUCACGUGCUCGUUUUAAAGGGAGGUAAUUUUGUGGCUCGAGGUCAGACCAAUCGGGGACGACCGAUUAUUCAAUCCGAAGAUAAGGACAAAGAAAAUUGGAAACCUAUAGAUAAUUAUCAAGCACCAAGAAGACAAGUUAAAAUACCGGACAAACCUAAAGUACCGCCACCGUUUCCGGUACAACUUAAGGACGGAGGACCGAUACAGAUUAUUGGAAUUAAUGGUAGCAAGGAGAUCGAAAAUGCUACAUUGGAUCGUACCAUGGAUCCUUUUUAUGGGAAGGGUGUUUUACCUGGAGGAGAUGGUCCAUUCUUUACGGUAACUUCGAAUGGUACUAUCGUCGUACCGGAUUUUCAUUAUUCUGAUAAUUCUACGAACGAGGAUGUUCAAGGACCGAGCAACGUUCCAGAUGAUAAAUCCGAAGAACCACCUGUUUUUUAUCAUGCUAUACCACCUGGUGCUGUUUUCGUACCACCACCGAGUAAUCGUACCGAUUACGAUGACGAAGAUCAAUCGAUAUAUUAUCCGCCACCGUAUAGCUUCUAUUAUCCGCAGGAUAAUACAACGGCAGUACCACCUGGUCCUCUAGUACCUGGUAUCAUUUUACCACCCCCGCCAGAUUUCUUUUCGCCGCUCGAAGAAAAGAAAACAACGACGACAAAGAAAUAUACUAAACGUCCUAAUACAUCGAUGCUUCCUAAAUCAAGACCGACUUAUCUUCCACCGAGAAAACUAACAACGAGGAAACAAUGGGAAAGUACAACAACAACGGCCGUGCCAAAAAUAAGUACAACCCAAUUGCCACGUACGAGAACUUACCUUCCAACGAUGUUGAAAAAUUUAACGGGAAAAUCGGUAACUAGAAUUCGUCCGAGUACUAUACCUUACGUAGAAGUUACGACGAAUAAACCAUCUGCUCAGAGAAAUACUAAAUAUUAUACUAAUAAUCCAUUGAUUGAAAAUAGAAUGACAGAAACUAAUACGGAAAAUAAUAUUCAAACGUGGUCCAGAUCUACCAAUGGCAAAUCUAUCCCAAUAGUGACUUAUUUUGCUACAACGACCCCCUCUUCCAUCGAAGAAUCCGUGGAAGUGACACCGGCUUCUAUAAAAAAUGUUAUAACGACCGUUCAACCAGGACAACAAUUACCCAACAGAGCAUCUUAUUAUUUCUAUGAAGAAUCUGACGAUGGUAAUGUCGCUAGUACCGUUGAAUCCGCCCCAGUUUAUUAUCAAACUACUACGGAAUCUCCUUAUUACAAAGUCGAACCACUUUCUCAACAACCAAGAGAAGAGAAACCGUAUUACAGCAUUGAAACCAAUCCACCGAAGGACACUUCCAGAGAUUACAACGUUAAACUGAUUGAUACUUUAGUUGAUAAUCCUCAAGUCUAUCAAUAUCGAGGUUCUGAAGAUUCCUCAACAUCAACGAAAUAUGAUUCAACCUUGAACAGAGGCCAAAAUGAACAAAUGUUGGGAGAUCGAGGUCAGAUUUAUUAUCAAACGAUAACAUCUCGGCCUCCUGUAACGUUACAACGAUCCUAUUACACGACCCCAACGUCUCCAACUUAUUACAAAGAAUCGGAAGAACGAAUAGAAAUUGACAAUAGACAAAACACCAAAUCUAAGCCAAUUUAUCAAUACAGUUUCGAAAUAGCUGAUUAUUCUAAAAGAGGUCAAAACCAAAGGCCUUAUUAUACCCAACAAAACGAACAAGUCACGUAUGAUUACCAGACUGUUAAAUCUAACAAUCAUCGAUACGAUUAUGACACCGAUCAAAGGGACACCGAACGAAAGAACAAUCUACCCUACAAAAUUCAAAGUCCCAUUUAUCCUUCCACGACUGGUCGGCCAAUAAUAAACGUUACACCUAAUCCUCAACACGCAUAUUUCACGCGACAAGACGAAAGGCUUUUGGACGAUGUUACGAAAGAAUACUUUACGAUAUUUGGCAAGAAAAUUAAUGAAAAGGAUACACCUAGUACUACACCAAUUUACAACAAGGCCAGCCAGGUCACCGAGAAACCCGAUUACGAGGUUAAUACUUACGUAUCAAAUAAUUACAAUGUACCACCGGAACCUAUUUAUACAGAUCCUAUAUAUUACGAUCAAGAAGUACAACCACCACCACCAAAUUUAGCAAGCGAUACGCGCGUUAAUUAUCGUCGACCAUUACCACCUAUUAAUCCGGACAGCGAAUUGGUCGAGGUGUUCGAUCCUAAACAACGUGGUCAACCUCGACAACGAUUGCAACAACAGCCACAACGAUUACAACAACAACAACAACAACAACAACAACAACAACAACAGCAACAACGACUACAACAACCAUCAAUUCCCCUUCACGGUGAUAUACUCGUUAAUUAUCGUAAUCCACGUCCACCGAUUAAUCCUGACGCCGAAUUUAUUAAUCCCAUUUCUAUUUCCAAUCAAGGUUCCGUUAAUUCCGACAAAAGUAGCGCGUACUUUGCUUAUAGAUUUCCAGGGGACGGUGGUCAUUUUUAUUUUCUUACACCUCAAGCUAUUAGACAAGAACAAACUAGAGAAGAUAUCGGUGAUGAUGAUGAUGACGAUGGUGGUGGUGGUGGUGGUUAUUAUUACCCAAAACCGAGAGGUCCGAAAUUUUUACGACGUAGAAGAAAUCCUGGCAACUCAUAAAAAGAGCGUUUCCUCUUAUCGUUAGUUAGAAAUUCCCUAUAGGCAGUUGUCCGAUGCCAUAUGUAUUAGAAUGUUAUUAUUAUAGUGCCGAGAAGAUAUGUGUGUCAUAAAUGUAAGAUCGAAACUUUCGGAAUAUUUAUUUGAUGUAUUUGUAAAUAUCAGCAUGUAUUUAAAUAUUAAGAUUAGUUUGUAGUCAUAUAUUAAAAUGUUAAGUUAUGAAAUUUAUUUAACACAAUUUUCCUUAAUUCCAUUAAUUUUGGACACGGAUUAACGAGAAUCUAUUACCCGUGCGAAACUGAGUACAUUUAAUGCUGAUAAAUUUGGCCAAAAUGUACUUGCGCAUUGUCUGUGAUUGCAAUGUAUACUUAUAAUACGUAUUUAGUUCGUUGUAUGUGUACGUUACGAUAAUUAAUUAACGGGACAGAUAGUUUUUCCUUGAUAUCAUAAUUACUAUUAUACGAGCUAUUCAAUAAUUGUUGGCUUUUCUUUUUUAAAUAUAUAUAUAUAUAUAUAUACGUACUAUGUCGUUAUUGUAUUUAUUUUAUUAUAACUUUUAUGAUUACGAAUAUCAAUUAUCAAGAUAAAACUUCCACGGUAGUUUUGAUGACUUUUAUUCUGAGCUCCCUUUAAUAGACUGUAUAUAGUAUACUAAUUUUACUUCUUCAAAAAUGUCUAACUAAAUAAUUUAUUAUGUCUAUGUAUGUGUAAGAAAUAUUUAGAAAUCUUAUGAAUUAUUCUAAUGAAUAUAGAAAUUUAUGUGUUUAUACAAACGUAAGAUAAUAAAAAUGUUUGCAUAGUUGUAAUAUUCUACAAAUAUGUAUAUGUAUAUUCCCAUAGAAAGAAUAUAUCUAUUCAAAUGUUAUGUGCAUACCGAAUUCUAAGAAGCUCAAAAUAGAAAUAACUCUAGAUUGCGAACAGCCAUGUUAUGUCAUUUGAAAUUUGUUCGCUUAUAAUUAAUGAUGGAUAAUAAAAUAUUAUAAAACA